AUGGCGCCCUUUCCAACGCCCUCUGGAUCGAUUCCGACGGACCCCAGCAAGCCGUUCACGGACUAUACACGAUGGAGACUCGUGAACGGCAAAGGCGGAAGGCAUACCUGGAAGUACCUGCGCACAGAUGAGGAGGUUGAGCGGUGGCCCCAGACGGAUAUCGACCGGUACUGGCUUGGACUCCCUGUGGAUGCACGCACUCUCCCUCCAGCCAAGGAUGCUCGAUCGGCAGCUGUUAACGGGUACGAGUUCUUCAAGCGACUGCAAGCACCGGACGGUCACUGGCCAGGCGAAUAUGGAGGACCGAUGUUCCUGCUACCUGGCCUCGUGAUAGCUUCCUACGUUACUGGGCUUUGGUUCGAGGAGGAGGAACGGCUUGAAAUGAUCCGGUACUUGCUCAACCGCGCGCAUCCAGAAGACGGUGGAUGGGGCAUUCACGUCGAGAGCGAUUCUACGGUCUUCGGCACGGCUCUCAACUACUGCACCCUUCGCUUGCUGGGAGUAGAUAGAGAGCACCCUGCUUUGGUGAAGGCCAGAGCUACCCUACACCGACAUGGUGGCGCCGUCGCUGCACCUUCGUGGGGCAAAUUCUGGCUGACAGUAUUGAAUGUCUAUUCAUGGGAUGGCAACAACCCAGUCCCUCCAGAGCUUUGGUUGCUGCCUGACUGGCUCCCGAUUCACCCGCACAGAUGGUGGAUCCAUACCCGGGCUGUAUACCUACCCAUGGGAUACCUGUAUAGAGUAAAAUUCCAAGGGCCCGAGACGCCAAUUGUGCGAGCACUACGAGAGGAAAUCUACGUACAGCCGUAUGACACCAUCGAUUGGCCCGCCCAGCGCAAUAACAUCGCUAAGGUGGACUUGUAUACCCCGCACAGCCUGCUUUUGGACGCACUCAACGCAGUGAUGUCCAACACCCUCGAAGCCUGCCCGCUCCCGCCGCUACACAAGCUCGCCCUGAAGCGCGCGUACGAGCUCAUCUGCAUGGAAGACGAGAACACCGCGUACCAAGACCUUGCGCCCGUGAACAAGAUGAUGCAGAUGGUGUGCCGCUUCCACGCCGACGGGCCGGACAGCGAGGCGAUGAAGCAGCACGCUCUGAAGCGCGCGGACGUGAUGUGGAUGUCGGCCGAGGGGCUGCUCGUCUGCGGUACGAACGGGAGCCAGCUCUGGGACACGGCGUUCAUGGCGCAGGCGCUCGUCGAGACGGGCCUGGCGGACUUGGAAGAAAACCGGGAGAGCGUGUUGAGAGCCCUGAAGUGGAUCGACGAGAGCCAGAUGACGGAGAAUCCGAAGUAUUACAAGGAAGCGUAUCGGCAGCGUACCAAGGGUGCGUGGGGUUUCAGCACGAAGGAGCAGGGAUAUACGUUGUCGGAUUGUACGGGUGAAGCGCUCAAGGCGGUUUUGUAUUUACAGAAUCGUUGGACAGAUGCGCCAAAGCCUGUCUCAGAUCGGCGGAUUUUCGACGCUGUGGACCUUAUGUUGGACAUGCAAUGCUCGAACGGUGGAUUUGCGAGUUAUGAGGAUAUUCGGGCUACGCAUCUGCUGGAGUUGAUCAACCCUGCGGAAGUCUUUGGUAAUAUCAUGACUGAAUACACGUACCCUGAAUGCACGACGUCUGUGAUCACAGCGUUGAGCAUCUUCCAAAAGUACUAUCCCGACUACCGCAAGAACGACAUAAAGCGUUGUAUCAAAGGCGCUAUCAAGUACUUACACGCCGCUCAGCGGCCGGAGGGUGGAUGGUACGGCUCAUGGGGCAUCUGCUUCACAUACGCGACGCUGUUCGCUCUGGAGAGUCUGUCGCUCGUGGGAGAGACGUACGCGAACAGCGAGGCCGUGCAACGCGCGUGUACAUUCCUCAUCUCGAAACAGAGAGCGGAUGGCGGAUGGGGCGAAAGUUACAAGUCAUGCGAACUUGAGAAAUGGGUGGAGCAUAAAAAUACUCAGGUCGUGCAGACGUCGUGGGCUGCCAUGGCGCUCAUGUACGCCCAAUACCCCGACCCCGUGCCCAUUGAGAAAGCUGUGCACCUCGUGAUGUCUCGCCAGAGACCCGAUGGAUCCUGGCCUCAGGAAGCGAUUGAGGGUGUGUUCAACAAGAACUGCAUGAUCACGUACCCGAACUUUAAGCAUAUCUUUACGGUGUGGAUGUUGGGCAAGGCGCAUGAGUAUAUUCCCAAGCUCCGGGCGCCUAAGUCCAGCUGA